UCCAGCACAGAGACACAUUGUUCGCAGCUUUUUUAAUUAAAGACCCCAGGUCGACACUCUGUGCCAGGUGACCUGAACUGCUCCGAGCCUACAUGUGCCUACCACUAUCCUCUCCGCUGGGGAUAAGCCUCAGUGGAUAAUUGGAGGGGGAAAUGCUAUACUGCUAUCAUGAGAUGGAGGGGGGAUUAUCCACUGAGGAGUUCUACUUAAGAGGCGGGGACAGAGGAAUAAUGUGAUGUUUUCUUCUUUCUACAGCCAGCCUACCUGCCUCAUUCUCCCACCUUUUACCCUCUCUCCCCCUCUUCCUCUCUCUCUCACUCUCUCCGUCUCAGGACCAGGUUAUAAGAGAGGGAGGGGGCAGGUGAGUGACUUUUUUUCAGUGAAAUCCACCUGCUCCUCAUCUCUGUUGUAUUAGAGACAUUGUCCCAAGCAGGUUUCCUACCAGAGUCGUCAUGGAGCAUCUAGAGAGAAGACUGCCUGUAGCUUUCCUCCUCCUUCUGCCUCUUCUGUCUGUCAGCUGUGUCUCCAAUCAAAAAACUACAGUUUCCUGGUGUGUAUUGUCGGAUGCUGAAGAGCAAAAGUGCCUGGACUUGGCUGGGAACGCCACAGCUCGGAAUAUUAGAGGAACGUUGCAAUGCGUCCGUGGCUUGAACACCAGAGACUGUAUGGACAAAAUCAAGAAUGGGACAGCAGAUGCAGCCUCCAUGUUUGCAGAUGACAUUUAUGCUGCUGGCCUCUGCCACGGCCUGGAGCUGGCUGCAGGAGAGUCCCACAAUGGAGUGGAUGGAAUUAGUUACUAUGUGGUGGCAAUGGCUCGCCGCUCCUCCUCAGACCUGUCCCUGCUGGAGAUGCACGAGCGCAGCUCCUGUCACCCCGGCAUCCGUACCACGGUGGGAUGGACUGUCCCUAUUGGCUACCUCGUCAACACCUCCCAGAUCAGUGUAGGGGAGCAGUGCAACUUCCCCAAAGCGGUCGGACACUUCUUUGGUUAUAGCUGCGUGCCGGGAGUCAAGGACCCCCAGCACGACCCCAGAGGCAACAACCCCAAGAACCUGUGCGAGGCCUGCAUAGGAGACGAGAACGACAGACACAUCUGUGCCAACAACCACAGAGAGAGGCACUUUGGAGAGGCAGGGGCACUGAGAUGUGUGGCUGAAAACCUUGGAGAUGUGGCCUUCGUCAAACACACAACAGUUUUUGACAAUUUGGAUGGUAAGAACCAGGAGUCCUGGGCCCUGGAUCUGGAGCUAGAAGACUUGAAGCUGCUGUGCCCAGAUGGGAGCGAGGCGGGCCUGGACGAGCAUGAACGAUGCCACCUGGCAGCCGUACCUACUAACGCUGUGGUGGUGCGUAUGGAGGACAAGUGCCGUGUCUGGAAAUACCUGGAACGUUUACAGAAUGUGUUUGGCAACACCACCGAGGGCUUCAGCCUGUUCAGCUCAGCCGGCUAUGGCGAAUCCGAUCUGCUCUUCAGUGAUGCCACCCACCACCUGCAGAGGGUUCUGAGUAGCUACACCUCUUGGCUGGGUCCCACUUACACCACCAUGCUGCAAGCCUUCGAGUGUGAGGGCUUCUGCUGAUGGAACAGGAGGAAGACAUCCAGAGCAUCAACUUCCACCCCAUCCCUCUGUCUCCGUUCUGCCUCCCUGCCAUCUGUGUCCCUCUAUCUCGCCAUCUCUCCUCCUUUUUUUACUCGGCUCUUUGUGUUUGUGUUUGUUUUCUCCCUGCGUCUCACCACCCGUUCUCCAUUAUUAUAUCCUCGUCCUCCUCCAACCUACUACGUCCUCUAAUAUGCUGGCCGGCGGGGCAGGACGUCACUAAGAGGGACUAAUCGGCUAAGAAAAAACCUCUAGAAAACGUCUCUGAAAUUGAGUGUGAUUAAAAGGACGUUGGGAAGAAAGGACAGGACAUAUAAAAGAAUAGGAUAGAAUUAGAAAACAACAGAAAAGAAGUGCAGGUUUAUGAGUUGAGUUGUAGUCGUUGUGUUAUUGACAUAUUCUUUUCUCUUUUUAAAGCAUUUUAAAAAGAGGAUUUUGAUAAAGAUUACACCAUAAGAAUAAAAAGUGUCCCACAAAACUGAUUUAUAUAUACAAAAAAAGGAGAUUGUGUUCUUCUUGGCUUGUUGCAUUAGUCUAAGCUUCAGUACCACCCUCCCACCCUCCUCCCACAGGGUCUGUCUCUGGCACUGAACAACAGGGUGCUAUUAACUAUGAGCUUAGAAGACUCAGCAACUGUAUGCGUAUGCGUGUGUGUGCAUGUGUGUGAGUAUACGCUUUUUUUCCCACAGCCAUUAUUGCCCUAAUUGGCAGUCUGGCAUAUUUUACUGUUUGUGUGUGAGAGAGAGAAGUGUGUGUUAUGUGUGUCUGUACGUUUAUGUGUGUGUGUGUCUGUGCGUGUGUUGAUAGGAUUGCUGCUUUUCCCAUGGCUUGUAUAGCUUUCGACUUUGGAUCACUGCUUUCUCACGUCUGGUAUGGUGGACCUGACCGUGCCAGCUCACAGUGUAUUGUUUCACUAUACAGUUAGGGAGAAAGGGGAUUAGGGCUUGGGUUCCCUCCAGUGACCCCUGAGUGAGUCUUUCUUUUUUAAAAAGCUUUGAUAAUUUUCUCAUCUGUGACAACAUUUGCUUCACCCCAAAGUCCCAAAACGCACUCGCUGAAACUAUCUCCAGUCUCUCCUGCUUCUGUUUUUAUACAUAGCACAUAGCAACACAUAAAGUAAUUUUUUUUCUAUUUUAUGUCAUUUAUACUUAAACACUGCUACCAAUAGCAAGAUGUUGAUAUGAUGGGUGGUAGUAGUUGGUAACAGGGGGAUGUGCGAGGCUGCAGAAAUGAGUCUGAGCAGUGUGUUGUAUUAUCAAAGAACUGCCACGAAGAAGAGUAUUACUGAAUUAAUGCGCUACGGAGAAAUGGUGGUAGCCAAGAAAAUGAAUGAGACGUUUCAGUCACUGUAAUUAAAGACAAUCACCAGCCUGUUUAAAAGCCUUACUUGACACAGAGAAUCAUGUACUGUAAAAAUGUGGAACAGACCGUAAUUCUGAGCUUUUCUCGUCGCCUCCACCUCUAUUAUUUCUUCCUCAUUCUGCACCACAGAGCUCGGCAAUAAACUGAUAAACCAGAUGAAGUUCUCUCCUCGUCAAACUGUUUUUUUGUUUUUUUUGGACCUCAUCAUACUGGAAGAAAUCCAAUCAGAACUAGUACAACAGGAUGAUCUUCUUUUUAAUCUUCUUGCAGGACUUUGAAACAAAAUCUAAUGCCUUCUGUCUGAAUUAAAAAUUUGUCACAUUUAAUCUCCCGUAGCAGACCGUGUAUGUUACAUUUCAGCUUUUGAUGACAAAAAAAAACUCCCAAGUGUGACUGUGCGAGAUGAAAGACACCACAAAUUCUUGAGAGAAACUAUAUUUUUCACCUCAUUAGUGAAGGGUAAAGGCAUAUCUCUUGUACUAAUUCAACUCUGGUACCACUGGUGCUGUUUGUUUUUGCAUUUGUCGGACAGUCUUUAAAGAGGCUUCAAUGUAAAUACUCCUCGCUGCCUGAAUGUGUAGAGCUUUUUUUUCAACCAAUUAAAUGAAUGAUGAU